AUGCGCUUCACAGUCUCCCCUCUCGUUGUCACUGCUAUAAUUUUCAAAGUUGCACUUGCUGGCCCAAUCAGUAAACGCUGGAGUGGCCUUUCAUGUGGUAAAGUGUUUGAUAAUACAAACGGUCUAGGUUAUUCUAAUUCUCAUGGAAACCCAAAUGCUCUACUUGGAAAGAAGUUUUCCGAAAAAGGACAAUGGCAAGUUACACAAUUAGAGGAUGGCGCUGAAACUUUGAACGUAGAUAUCCGUCACUGCCAUUCAAGCUACCUCAAAACCACUUCUGACACAAGUAGAACUUUUGUGAAAAUAUUCUUAGCAGAAGACAACAAUAAGUGCUUACAACGUCAUGAUUCUUUACCAUCCUCAAAUCCAAAUGCAACGACGCAUAUUACCAUCGAAGAUUGCUCAAACGUCGAUGAUGCAACGCAAAUAAGACAAUUCUGGUCCUUCUUUACGGAAAAUGGCACGAAUAACCAAACUAUCAGUCCAAUUGUAAAAACAAACGGAGAGUUUGUGGUACUUGACCUGAUUUUGUCAAAAACCAGCCCGCCAGCACUUCUUGCUUCCAGAACCAAUCCUGAUCCAGAUGCAGGAUUGUCUGCCAUCACUUAUUAA